ACGAAAUCGACAACGAAUAGGACACCGCAUAUCGAACCGCAAUCGGAUACCCAAAUCAGGAAUAAAAUAUGGGUUCCGGAGGCAGCGUCCCAGCCACCGGCAGACAGAACACAUCCAGAGAUUUAGACGUCGUCUGCGAGCGACGGGAAUCCCAGGCUCCAAUCGUUCUGCAGGGCCUGCACACUGCGGAAGGUCCAACCGACUCGCAGGGUCCCAGUCCAUACACGACGCUCCGAAGGGAUGGUUUCAGAUUCCAAGGGCCAUCCGCUCCGAGUUUGCCGGUUGGUUCCAGCGUCCGAGGAUCCUACGCCGGGGGAUACGAGGCGAACGCCCCCCAAGAAGAGACUCUGCUCGCCUACGCCUCCCAGAUGACCGGGUGGCAAUCCGGUGGUGCAGGGUCAAACCUCGCCUCGGCGAGGAGCGAGGUGACCGAGCUUUCGAGGACGGUGUCCUGCCUCGCAGCGGCGAACCAACAGCUUGCAGCCGCACACAGUGCGGCCCUAGCGCACCUGGAGGCUCUCUACCGGGACGUGAGAUCUGCGAGAGCGGUACGAGAUUGCGAGAGAGAAGUUUACAAGGAGGGUGACGAGGCCGACGAGGAGCGACGGUGUCGGGGAUUCCGUCAACGGACGUCGAGAUGGUUCCACCAGGGUUCGCGGCACGCGGAACAAGCCGCGACGACACACCAGUUGGAGACAGAGUUUAGCAAGGAAUAUCCCACGCGAAGCCGGCUCGAAACUCAGGGGAGAAUACCGAACCCGGGAAACCAGGAGGACGAGCAGGUCGCCCGGGGGGACGAGAAUGAGGGUGAAAAAACGCUGAGGAAAGCCCUAGCCAGGAUAGAGGAGCUCGAGGAUACCCUGAGGAGUGAAAGACUGAAACCUGUCGAUUCAAAUCGCCACCGGAGAUCGGCCGUCGACAACUUGGUCACCUGCGAAAAGGAAGUUCAGUGCAGUGACGACGAAGCCGAGGAUGUUGAACGAGCCAAGACAGAGCAAGCACUUCAGGCUCAGAGGCUCAAUGAGGAGAUGCAAAAGGAACUAGAGACACAAAGACGGACGAUCGAAAGACUCGAGGAUGAGUGCAAGAUAUCAACUGCGCAGCUCGAGAAAGCGGAAUGUGAACUGCAGGAACGGACUGAAGAGCUCGAGAGAACGGUGAAGGAGCUUGAUUGCUCGAAGACAAAGAACAUGGGACUGCUGAAGGAGGUGGAUUUGUACAAAACGGAGAGAGAUUCGGCCCUUGUCAGAAUAUCCAUUUUGGAACAGGAGCUGCAGAAGUCCGUCCUCGAUAAAGAGCACGCGAAGAAUACGGAGAGUCAGAAAUCGGCAAAACUUCGAGCUCAGCUCGCCGAGGAAAUCGCGGACAAAAAGAAACAAAUCAAAGCCCUCGAAGACGCUCUUGAGGAGAUCCAACGGCUGAAGCAUGCGGUGAAAACCGACAAGAGAGAAAACGCGAGCAUCGAGAACGACGCUGAUCAAACAGAGCUAGGCGUGGAGCAAACCGUAGCUUUGGAAGAAAAUCCUUACGAGUCGAGCGAGGAUGUUGCGGAGGAAAUUGCCUGUAGCCGUGCGACGAACAUGGAGGAAUUCAAAAAGGAAUUGACCCUUAAACGCGAGGCCAGACAGCGUGCCAUAGCCGCCGUGUCUUCGGAAAUGGACCGACUCAGACGAGAAUUGGGAGCCGAAAAGGAGGCGCAUUCCGAAACAUCACGGAUGCUGGAUUUACUCAAGUCCGGAGAACCUACGAGAGAUGUCAGAGAAUUGACGACUGGCGAGGAACAAGCUGGAAACAAAAGCUCAGACAGCUCCACCCAAGAUGAAGUAAAGAGACUGAGGACUCAACUCCAAGGUGACAAAGAGGCUCACCAGGAUGCUUUGAGAAGAAUUACUGCCCAGCAGAUAGCCGAUACCUUAAAGGUUUCGGAUGAGAUAAAGAACUUUGUACGUUCCGAAGCUGAAAAACUGGAAGACCUUCGUUACCAUCUCGAGCACGACGCAGAGAAAAACAUGAGCCAAAUUCUACACGUCAAGGAAGCGGUGGGCAUGGCUCGUCUGGUCCUGGCAGCACGCGAGAAACAGGUGAACAAAUUGAAGGAUCAAUUGGCGCACAUUUUGGCCAGACUGGAAGGCAUGAAUUACAGUGAAAUAUUCGACGACGCAAGAGCCGAGUUUGAUCACCAGCUUGAAAAUCUUAGAAAUUUGAAAACUCUCUACGAGGUACGACUCAAGGUUUUGAUCGAGAUGAAGGAACAGGCGGGAAAAGAACUCGUAGAGACGAAGGAGAAACUAGAAGUUUCUCAAAAGAAACUAAAAACGCUAGAAGAGGACUUGGAGAAAUCGGAAGAGAAGGUUGACAGUCAGGAUACUGAAAUAUCGAAUUUGGAGUCUCAGCUUGGUUUGACGAAAGCGGACUGCAGGGAUCUCGAAAAUCAGAUGUCCGUUAUAAACAGUUUAUUCACGCAAAUGUUGCUGAGCGCUUCCUCGGCCGACAUGGAUCUCGACAGGUUGACUCGAUUAUUACAGGAGAAUCACGAUUUGAUAAGUGACAUGGCGCGGGAGGAAGGCACGGAGGCUGCUGCACUACCGAAACUACUUUUGGAUUUGGUAGAGCAAGUCGAGGGACGAAGUCCAACGAAGCCCCGAGCAUCAGGAAGCGAUGGCGAAAAGAACGAGGAGGAUAUUCAGGAAGGAAAUAUCGCGCACAAUUUGCCAAAGGUGUGGCGCGUUUUACUCGAACUGUUGAGCUGCCAUGCUGUCGAUGCCCCCGCGGCUUCAGCGUCAGCGUUAUCGGCGCCAGAUAGCUGUUAUAAAUCCGUCGACACGCCGACUGGACCGCAGUUGGUAAUUUCGGUUAGCAAAACAUACAUCAGACUGAAGGAAUUGAUCCUUGAGAAGAAGCAUCUUGAGAAAGAGAUGACGCGAAUGAAACAACUCAAUACACAUCUUGAGAGCAAGCUGGGCGAACAGGAGAAAAGAUUGUCGACGGUUUCCUCGGAGCUGAGCAAAACCUGGAACAUAGUGGGUAGGAUGCAGGCCCAACAUCAGCAGCUUCACACGCACGAAAAGAUCUUGCGAUACGAGCUACAGCAGAAGAGGAAAAUGCUUCAAGAGCUGAAACAGGAGCUUGAAUAUUGCCGCGAGAAAUGGGAAUCGGCGAGGCAAAAGAAUACGAACACAGAAAUGGAGUGGAAAAAUCUUCGUCGAGAGUUCGCUGCAAGAAAGGCGCUCGCGGUUCGAGACUCCCUGAACAACAGCGGCGAAAGUGGGUUCAGCGAUGAACGUGGCGACGAGUCUGACGAAGAAGACGAAGAAAGAACCGAAAGGAUCAGGAUAAGCCCGCGCAGGCGAACCCGAAAGGAAAGCCCAAGGGUACCCUCCCCAGACACAGAGUCUGAGCAGCCAACGGAUACGGAAAUGUCAGAGUCGAAGACUUGUUCAUCGGAAACCCUCGAACAGCGGACACCAACUCCGGAAACCGAGACAGAGGUAGACGGGGAGACGAUCGAAGUUGAAUCGGUGUCAAACGAGGUGCGACCCGCCACACCAGAGCCUGACUGCACUCCGGAGACAGAGAUUUUGGACCCGUUGGACAGAGCGUUGACAAACGUGAUUCAGAGUCUGAUAAAAAUCGACACAGUAUCUAAUCAGAGUUCCGCUUCGACGUCCAGAGAAAGUAUACCCAUGGCGUCUACGUCAGCGAUGUCGCAGGAUUCAUCCGUAUUCGACAUCGUGGUCAGCAAUGAACCUUCGAGGAGGGUUAAAACUCCGAAAAGAGAGACAAGAGAAUGGAGCCCACACAGUGAACCAUGGAGUUCGAGUAUAACGGACAUGAAACUGAAUUUGAAGAGACCGUUGAAACCAUCGAUAAACGAAAGGUCGUCAUCCUUGGAUUCGUCCAUUACGACUACACGACUCGACGAGCCAGAUAACUGUCCUGAUUCCGCCCUGGGAGCUUGUGCCUCGACGUCCGGAAACCCGAUCGAAGGUUGCGGUGAAAAGAGAGUGGAGAACAGCGAUGAGGAGUCGAUUUUUGACAGCGAAAAGUUCCUAAAUUCGACGGAAACAGAAUCCGCCCCGCAUCCAACGGUCUCGGUAUUUUCCAUCGGACCUUAUCUCUCCUCCAAGUCACCCUCGCCAGUAAAAACUGUUCAAUUUCGAGAGCCACUGAUACUGGGACCAAGGUCCAGCACACCCUGCGCCCUGGACUCCGGCGAAGCUUCGACAUCGGGAGAAACCCCUGCAGCUGUAACAAGUUCUGGCACAGAUUCGCAGACUAAGGAAAAAGAAGAAACAGAGUCUGUCGAUCUCUCAGCGAACUCCUCUGAUGAGAUCAAGGCGAAACCGGACUUGACUGACUUCGAAGAAAAGACACUUGAUGAACCCGCGAACGCCUCUGUGUCCACAGAGACGGCCGAGGCUGAAGACAAGUCGGAGGAACAGCCAAAAGAGACUAGCACUCUCGAGGCACCAAGUUCGGAAACUUUUGCUGCGUCGCAAUCCUCGGCCGGUUCCGCAACGCCGAAGGCUUCCCGCACUCCAGAGGAAGUCUUAGCUGCUAGAGCUGCGAGGUUGAAACGGUUGGAGGAGCAGGCGGACUGGCUGAUGAAGAAAAUGAACGCUACCAGCCAGAGGGGGUCUGCUUUGAGUACCAGACUAGAAGAACUUCACGAAGCCUAUGGGGAACCACCGGCUCCUCCGCCUUUGCCAGAUGUUUUGCCCAGCGUCAGAUUAGAGACGAAUUCCAACGAACGGCAUGAACGAAGGGCGAACCAGCUACAAGAGUCAGUUACUUUUCGACCGGAAGAAGCCCUGCCGUUACAUCAAACUGAAGCUGACGACACGGCCGCGAAUGAAUCUCCACCGAACAACGCGCCCUGAUACAGAAUGAAAAUAUUCAAAUUCUGAACGAUAUCUAUGAGGAAG